AUGGCUUCCAUUACUAAAGGUAUAUUUAUCGUGGCGGCGAAGCGAACCCCAUUUGGUGCCUUUGGUGGUAAGUUGUACGGAAAAACGACGGUGGAUUUGGCCGAGGUGGCAGCAAAGGCGGCGUUAACUGCGGGAAAGGUGGAUCCGAAGAUGGUUGAUUCUGUCGUCGUGGGGAAUGUAUUUAGUUCCACGUCACAAGAUGGUCCGUUCAUCUCACGCCACCUGCUCCUCCGGUGUUGCGUCCCGUUGGAUCGACCUGCGCUGAAUGUCAAUCGGAUGUGCGGUUCUGGAUUCCAGGCGAUCGUAAAUGGAGCGCAUGAUAUGGUGGGGGAUUCUAAAGUGGUGCUGACGGCGGGAAGUGAGUGCAUGAGUGGGGCGCCGUUCUACAUGAGAAAUAUCCGCUUUGGGACGAGGCUAGGGGUGGAUUACAAGGUUGAAGAUCCCUUGUUGAGUGCGGGCUUUGAUUUGUAUUGCAACACGAAUAUGGGAGGAACUGCAGAGAACUUGGCAGAAAAAUACGGAAUCAGUCGGCAGGAUGCGGAUGAAUAUUCCUUCCGCUCCCAGCAGCGAUGGAAGUCGGCAAACGAUCAAGGAUUUUUUGAAAAGGAAAUGGCGCCAGUAAUGAUAAAGGUGAAAGGUGGCGAGGAGACGGCGAUGGUAAUGGAUGAACACCCGCGGCCAAGCACUACCCUGGAGGCGAUGUCUAAGUUGCCCGCUGUUUUCAAAAAGAACGGCACAGUGACGGCUGGGACGGCAUCGGGAGUAAAUGAUGGGGCGGGUGCGGUCAUAAUUGCGAGUGAGGCUGCCCUGACGGAAUACAAGUUGACACCAUUAGCUCGCCUAGUGGGGUAUGGGAUAGCGGGUGUGGAGCCGCACAUCAUGGGGAUUGGGCCGGUCCCAGCGAUACAGAAAUUGUUGAAGAUUUGUGGGAAAUCGUUGGCGGAUAUGGACCUUGUGGAGAUUAACGAAGCCUUUGCGCCACAAACGCUGGCCUGUCAGAAGGAGCUGGGCAUCGAUCCGGCAAAAUUGAACGUUAAUGGUGGCGCUGUUGCGGUUGGGCACCCCGUGGGAGCGUCGUGAUCAAGAAUCACGGCUCAUCUUGUGUACGAGUUGAAGCGACGUGGGGCGAAAUAUGGAAUUGGGUCGGCUUGUAUUGGUGGUGGACAGGGAAUUGCACUCUUGUUGGAAAGCUUGUAAUGCUCAGGGUAUUUAUAAGAUACGUUUUAUUGGAAUUAAUUAUACCUUAAAUAAAUAAUGUUUUGAACCAAGAUAUAUGUGUUAACUAAUAAUACUUCCGGUACAUAUUAUAACGCAAACCCUUCUACUUUUACUUAUGCGUAAUGACCUGGAUCGCAUAUCCAGUAGAUAUGCCCCUUCUCUUUAACGUUUAGUGCAGGUGCAAAUAAAGAA